UCCCUACUUGGCGCCAGUCAAUUUUAGAGCAACAAGGCGUAUACUUGUUUUAUUGUUUUCUUUAGAACAACAAAAACCGAUUAGCUACAAUGGCGGCUAUUAAAAUUCCCGAUUGGGUCACUGCAGAAUUAUUCGAAGAUGUUCUGAAGGCAAAUGUGGAGGGGUAUUCAAAGGUCAAGAGUUUUAAAGCAGAUAGUGGAUCUGCGGCAGGUGAAAACUAUGCCACUAUAAUGCUCCGAGUUAACAUCGAAGUGGAACUACAGGAUGGCAAAUCGAAAUCUGUUUCUUAUAUGGUCAAGCUACCCCACCAACUUGAAAUAUACCAGGAGAUGAUGAAAAGGAACAACAUCUUUGACGUCGAACGCACAAUGUACAACCAGGUGGUUCCUGAAAUGGAGGCUAUUUAUAAAGAAGUUGAUGUGGAUAUCACUUUCGGAGCCAAAAGCUAUGAUCUUAAGAAUGCCAAAACCGAUUAUGUGGUCCUGGAGGAUCUGGGAAUCAAGGGAUUUAAGAAUGCCAACCGCCUGGAAGGACUGGACCAAGCGCAUACAGAAAGAGUUCUUCAAAAGCUAGCCCAAUGGCAUGCUGCAUCGGCGGUGCGAGUGGCCACCAAAGGUCCGUAUCCUGAUGGCGUGUUGCAUGGCUAUUUUAGGGAGGACGGCCGUCCGAUGAUGACUGAAAUGAUGAACGGAAUGGGUGCGAAUUUUGUCAAAAGUUGUGCGACCUACGAAGGAAAAGAGAUCUUUAUAGACAAAGUCAAAGCCCUAAAUCCUGUAUUUGUCGAUAAAAUUUUCGAUUUCGCCAAGGUCGAUCCAACAGAAUUCAAUGUGCUAAACCACGGCGAUUCGUGGUCGAAUAAUAUAAUGUUCCAAUACGAUGCUUUUGGAAAGAUCAAGGAGGUCUAUAUGGUCGACUACCAGAUCCCCAAAUAUGGUACCGUCGCCCAGGACCUGUUAUACUUCCUGAUCUCUUCCACAAAACUAGAGGAUAAGCUCUCCAAAUUCGAUUACUAUGUUAAGACUUACCAUGAACACCUGGUUGAGCACCUGGAGAUUUUGAAAUACACAAAGCCCAUCCCAAGCCUGCGAGAUAUUCAUUUGGCGCUUUUUAAAUAUGGAUUUUUCGGCUAUUCCGUGGCAAUUGGUGUGAUGGCCGCCGUUCUCUUGGAUCCCACGGACACAGCAAGUUUUGAGAAUUUUGUUAGUGAUACUGAAGAUGGAACGAAUUUCCAGAUGCAGCUUUACAACAAUGCGCGGUACCGGAAACACAUUGAAACGAUCAUGCCCUGGCUGCUUAAUCGUGGCGCUUUGGACAUCUCCAAAAUGCCGCCCCAGACGGAGGAUGAAAGUAUUAGCCAAAGGGAGGUGGCAAUUCCAGACUGGAUUAAGCCAGAAGUCUUUAAAGAUCUGCUUAUAAAAGAGAUCAAGGAUUUUAAGGAGACCAAAGCAAUGAGAGCUGAAGCAGGAGUGGCUGCUGGCGAGAACUAUGCCACCAUAAUGCUUCGAGUGGAGCUGGAUGUGGAGACAAAAGAUAAAUUGCAAACAACAAAGGCAUUCAUGCUUAAAACUCCUCAUCAAUCUGAGCUGUAUCGCAAAAUGAUAGAAAAGACGGAUAUUUUCGAUGUGGAGCGGGGAAUGUAUCUGGAAGUGGUGCCCGAACUGGAGCAGCUUUACCGGGAUGUAGGCUUGGAAGUAAAGUUCGGAGCAGAGGCCUACGAGAUAGAAGCUAGCGAUUACUAUGUUCUGUUGGAGGACCUCAGGCCACUGGGUUUCAAGAACAUCAACCGCCUUGAUGGCAUGGACCAGGCUCAUACCGAAAGUGUCCUAAAGAAGUUUGCCCAAUGGCAUGCGGCAUCUGCUGUCCGAGUGGCCACAAAAGGGCCUUAUGAGGAGAAGUUUACGACUGGUUUCCUGAAGAACGAGGAAAUAGUGGAUGCCUUCUGUAAUCGCAGCGUGAAAGUUUUCCUGAACCAUGUUGAUUUGUGCCAAGACUAUAAGGCUUACAUAAAGGAUUUGCACAUUGCAUCCGACAAAAUCUUGGAUAUUGUUGGGGAACUAAACGAUCCGAAACCAGAUGAGUUCAAUGCUCUGAACCACGGCGAUGGCUGGGCCAAUAACAUUAUGUUCAAGUACAAUGACAAAAACGACAUACAGGACACCUAUUUCGUGGAUCUGCAAGUCCCCAAGUGGGGAUCAGUGGCACAGGAUUUGUAUUACUUUCUGCUGUCCUCUACAAGUUUAGAUGUCAAAAUAUCGAAAUUCGAUUACUUCAUUUGGUUCUACCACUCUGAAUUGGUUAAGCACCUCAAACUGCUGAAUUACUCCAAGACACUGCCAACUUUAAGAAGCAUUCGCCGUGAUCUUAAUAAGUAUAGUGGAUGGGCAUUUGUUUGCUCCUCAACCAUAAUGGCAUAUGUUCUGCUGGAUCCCGUAGACGGCGCUGACUUCGACAAGGUCCUUGGCGAUGACGACUCCAACUUUAAGAAAUCGCUUUAUGAAAAUCCCAGGUUCCACAAUCACAUGAAAGUCCUUUUGCCUUGGCUCCAACAUGGAGGUGCUCUGGAGUAGAAGUACUCCAAGCCAAUCGAUUCUAAUAUAACCUCUCAUAUCUGUUUUGGACUGUAGCUAGGAAACGCAAAUUUUUAAAUUUUUUUUUGUAAUGAUAAGAAGCUAAGUGUUUAUUUAGUAGAUAAGAGGUUGCAUACUGUUGACUUUCGCAAGCUUUAACUGAUAAUGUCUGUAAU